AUGGGCAGACUUAUCAAGAACCACUGGGGUCGACUCAUCAUUCUCACCGCCGCAGCUUAUCAAGUUGCUGCCGCCAUUGAAGGGUUCAUUUGGCCCAAGAUCUUUUGGGAUUUCCUCACCAAGAACCUAGACCCAGCAGUGAAGCCAAUUCCUAUCCUGCAGAGUAUCAACCUCAUCUUCGGCCUCGGCAUGUUUGCUCUUGAGUGGCCCUUGAGUUUUAUUGCCGGAUCAAGCCUCCACCGAUCUCUGGAGUUUCGACUUGCCAUCCUGCCACUAACGGCACUCGCCUCAAUCUUGAUGUACCAAUCCACCAACCCGGCAAUCUACUAUGUGAUUGGAAUGAUAGUGUACUUUGUGGCGUAUAGUGAAGGCGAGAUGAUUUGCGCAAAGCCGUGGACCUUGCCGCAAAGGGGCAUGAAUGGGCCAGGAAUGCGGGCAUAA